AUGCACGCUUGCAAGGAUAAGGCCAUCGGGCCGAUCAACCGAGUCCAAAGAGUGGGAGCGCAAGCAAUUAUAGGGACAUUUCUCACAGUUGCGACCAGCGUAGCGGAGGCGGAGGCUCACAUUGCCGCUGCACAACACCGCUUUUGGAGACGGGCCGUGAAAAUGUGGACGGACAUUCACACCCUGCCAGAAACCAAUCCGCUCCGCAGGAGUACAGCAGGGAUCAAGAAAUUCAGGAGGUACCACCGUUCACCGCUGUACCAGGUGGCAGACGCGCUGAAAAGCAUUAAGAUGGAGACACUGGAAACCGAGACACGCAUGCAGACCGAUGUUGAAGCAAUGCCGGACUCACAGACAGUACCGGGCGGAUCAAUGCAAGCCGCAGUCAGCAGCUCGGCACGGAACGGGCUCGUAGGAUUUGGCGUGGCGAUCGAGAAACAGCCACCUCGAUAUCGAAAACUGAAGCUAAAGACCUUUUCGGUGACAUUGGGCGCAAGAUCAGAGCAAAAUCCAUUCUCCGCGGAGCUGGCAGCAAUAGCACAUACAUUGAACAUGCUAGUGGGACUGAAAGAUUACCGGAUCAGGUUGCUCACGAGCAACAAAGCGGCGGCUCUCACGAUAAGGAACCCUCGACAACAGUCAGGCCAGGAGUUCGUCUGCCAAAUAUACAAGUUGAUGAGAAGACUGCGGAGAAACGGAAACCAUGUCAAUAUUCUUUGGGUCCCUACCAGCAAGGACAAUAAACUGCUAGGUCUGGCUAAAUAG